CGUGAACUCACGAAGACAGCAGGCAGAACUUAGUCCUUCUAGAGUAAUUACUAUAUUUAUGUUAAGGUAUGACACAAACACAGCAGACGAGUCCAAAUCCUCCUCGUUGGAGAGGACUCCAUUUACAAGAAAAACAGACUAAACUGGCGGAAAAAAUGAGGUCAUAUCAUAGCAUUCCGAGAAAAGAGACCGUGAGAUACCAAUAAAAUUACUUUGACAUUCAAAACUCAUCUUUGAAGUCCAUCUUGUCAUACUAAAGAGAAAGAGAAAAUAUUGGUAAUCAUAGCAAGAUACUUAACGACAGGACAAAUUGAAAGAGAAAAAAAUGCCCAGAAAACUUCUUCGAGAUUCAGACCGUGGCUGGUACAGCUGGGAGGGGCGGUUCAAUGCCGUCCUGAGGAUGAGCAAUGCCGCUCUGUGGGCCACAAAUAAAAAGAUCGAGAAGGAAAAACACAGGCACGUUGUCUGCUUAGACAAGCUGAGAGACGAGGAGCGUUGCUACGAUCAGCGGUCAGAGGACGAACUGAGAGACAUGAGAAACGAGUUGUUAGAAAUGAAAGCGUAUAAGACUGCGUACGAGAGGGCCAGUCUUAGGAGUUACUACGCCAGUCCUGAGCCUCCUCAGACGAUUUUUAUAACGGAAACGAAGAAGCCAAAAAUGAAGAAAGAGGAACAAAGACAGAAACCACCCCAAGAUCUGAAAAUCGGCAAGAUGAAAUGGGGUGCGAUGAAAUUAAAAUUAGGAUAUAAAACUGAGACAACUGAUGGAAAUGACUCCACCGUGGAGGGAAAUAGUAAAUCUACAACAAAUAGUCGAAUUUCUAAUACCAAAUUUAGCUUACAACAAGCAAACUUCACAAGUAUUGUCGCUAAGGUCAAGGAAGACGCUUACAGGAACCAGGUGUUUUCCAAACUGAAAACACUUCAGAAAAAUGAUCCGUUCGGCUUAAAAAGCAUAAUGAAUACAGACGAUACUCUCCACUUUCCAUACAGACUUCAAGAACGUUCGAGAACGUUUGUGUUCCCUCGAACUAACAUUAUGCUAGAUAUGGAGGGAGAAAGUCAAAGGUCAUCCGAUCCAAAAGUAACGAAAAAAUCCGAACGAAAACAAAUUGAGAACAAACGGGCGCUGGACGUUCGCAUGCGCGUUUUCCCGGAGAACUGCAAAAACAGAUUUUCAUUGAAUCAAUUCAUCGAGAAAAAUAAAAACGAACUGGUUACUAAAUGGUCCGAACCCGUGCGCAAACAGCGAAAAACUGGAGAAUUAAUCGAGAAAAUACAAUUCCCUCCUGUCGUCCAAAGAAGCAAAACAACCUCGGCAAUUUUUAGAGAUUACAAAAAAUACAGAAGGGAGCACGACGACACAUUGCUUCAUCGGCAGAGGGCACUGACGUUGCCAAACAUCGAAGCAGGCGAGACUGGCAUGCAGGAGAAAAUGGCAUCUUAG